AUGCAUGUGAUGCCAGAAGUAGCGGCACAGGAGCGCAUGGUGGACGAUGGCACUGGUCAGGUGGAGGUAAACUCACCAGAACAUGAACUCUGAUUUAUGUAAUUUGUUCCAAGAUAUCUCUCCGUCAUUCUACUCACCGUUUGUUACUUGUGGAAAUUUGUAACACUCUCUGUGACACGUGCAGGUGUGGCGUAUCGAGGACCUGGAGUUGGUCCCAGUGGAACCCCAGUGGCAUGGCUUCUUCUAUGGAGGAGACUGCUACCGGGUGCUCUACACUUAUGAGGUCCACAGCAAGCUAAACUACCUCCUCUACAUGUGGCAAGUAAGGGAGCUCACUGCCAUUGUAGAAUGAAUAAAGUUUAAUCAUUUUAUUUGUAAUGGCAUACCUUUAGACCUAAAUGCCUCGUCUUUAUAUAUUUUUUUCUUUUUUUUUAGGGGAGCCAUGCCUCUCAGGAUGAGAUAGCAGCGUCUGCCUUCCAGGCCGUGGCCCUGGAUCAAAAGUAUGGCAACCAGCCUGUACAAGUGAGCAUCACCAUGGGCAAGGAACCCAGACACUUCAUGGCCAUGUUUAAGGGUAAAAUGGUAAUCUGUGAGGUGAGACAGUUUUGUUUUGAUUUAAUGGUACAAUGAUAAAAUGUAAAUAUUGUGAAACUGGUUGUCAUUAUCUGAUAACAAUGGAUUGUCUUUGGUUUAACCAUGAUUAUAGGUUGAUAUAGGAUUUCUAACCAUGAAGUAAUUUAUUACCACAUACUGUAUGUUUAAAUCAAACCUGACCUACUUUCCUCAUCUUCUGUUCCUCAGGGCGGUACCUCCAGAAAAGGCAUGUCUGACCCAGAGCCACCCGUCAGAUUGUUCCAGGUCCGCGGUUCUGACGCCUCCAACACCAAAGCCAUCGAGGUGCCGGCCCUGGCAGCCUCGCUCAACUCCAACGAUGUCUUUCUGCUGAGGAGCCAGUCAGGGAUUCACCUGUGGUGUGGCAAGGUACUGUAGGGAGGAGAAUUAGGUAUAUGCAGUUGUGGAUACUACAGAUAUAGCAGGUUAGAGAUACUGUGUGCGUACCAAAUGACCAGGGUCCAAUGGUCAAAAGAAGUAGGAAUAGGUUGCCAUUUGGGACACAGACACAGAGAUAUAGAGAUGGUACAACAUUCUGUCUAAUAGUCUCUCUCUGAUUGGCCAGGGAUCAAGUGGGGAUGAGAGGGCCAUGGCUAAGGAGGUCAGCGCUGUGGUUGGACAGCACUCGACUGCUGAAGAGAUCAUGGCAGAGGGUCAGGAGCACAUUGAAUUCUGGGAUUUACUUGGAGGGAAGGCCCCUUAUGCCAAUAAACUUAAAGUAUGGUAGUAUGUUUACCUUGCCAUAAUCUGUAUUUCAACCAAAUAUGAUCUAAUAAAAUGUCAAUGGGAGCAGCUGUACUAAGUUAGUGAAGUGAUUGCACCCUAAACCAUGUACAAUUGAUGGGUUGUGAUUCACUGUGCUAGAUAUUAUGAAUUUCAAGUAAACUGUUUGCUGUAUUUAAAGUUCUUUGUGUUCUCUGUGUGUGUCUUGUGUGUGUGCUCUGAAAGACAACAGCAGGCUGCUCUGGAUCAUCAGCCGUGUCUCUUUGAAUGCUCCAAUAAGACUGGCCGUUUCAUCGUCAUCGAGGUGACCCAGUUCACCCAGGAUGACCUCAGCGAGGAUGAUGUCAAUCUACUAGACACGUGGGACCAGGUACAAUGUGUAUUGUUAAAAUUUCAGCUUAACAGCCUUCUUCAGUGUGUAGGUCCAAACAUUAGACUAUAAUACUAUUAUAACCAGGUCUUCCUCUGGGUGGGGAACGAGGCCAAUGAGGUGGAGAAGAAGGAGGCGGUGGUCACCAGUCAGGAGUACCUGCGUACCCACCCAGGGUCCCGGGACCCUGACACCCCUAUCCUCCUCAUCAAGCAGCGGUACGAACCCCCCACCUUCACCGGCUGGUUCACCGCCUGGGACCCCUCCAAAUGGAGUGUGAGUGAAAAUGAUCUCCUUCUCUUACAGAUGAACUCUUGGUCUGUUUGUGUGUGUGUGUGUGUGUGUGUGUGUGUGUGUGUUUCUGUGUGUUUGUGCGUGUGUGUGUGUGUGUGUGUGUGUGUGUGUGUGUGUGUGUGUGUGUGUGUGUGUGUGUGUGUGUGUGUGUGUGUGUGUGUGUGUGUGUGCCAAAUAGUGUACACAACUGUUUAAGUUAAUAUAUUCCAUCAAUAAUACUGUACACACAUGUUUUGUGAAACUUACGAAGAGCUGAAGAAAGAGUUGGGUGAGGUGACAUCCCUUGUAAGGAUCCCAAAUGUAAGCACAAUUUUAUUUAUCUAUGCACUCACCAUAACUUGGUGUAAGGAGAGGGAUUGAGACAAUGAUGAGCUGGUUCCAUUUACCUAACCUUGCUGUGAACUCAACCCAACAGACUCAUGGUUUCAUCAAUUUUAUUGGCCCCAUACACACUUCCCACUGGGCAAAAACUGGUUGAAUCAACGUUGUUUCCACACCAUUAAAAAACGCAAUGUGAUGAUCUGGAAUCAACGUGGAAAACUCAUUGUAUUUGCAAAAUGUCAUCAACAUAAGGGCAUUUCGUAAUUUUUUCACCCAACUUUUAACCUAAAUCCAAUGGAAUUGUGAAAUGUUUUGUUGAUUUCCCAUUGAAUUCACGUUAGUUGACAACUCAACCAAAUCUAAAUCAAAACUAGACGAUGAACCAGUGGCGAACCGUGACUAUAGGACCUAGGCCUUCAGAGGGGCCAAGAAUCUUCCAAUACAUUGUAUCAAAGAAAAUAACAGAAAACAUAGCAUCGCUUAAUGGGCCCGACGUUUUAUCUUCUGUAGUCCGACCAGAGGAGCAAUUAUCUUUGAGACAUUAUGAAUGAAUAAAAUAGGCCUAGGCGCGUUUUGGCUGCCGCACACACAGAGAUGGAACCGGCAUGGACACAACAUGCGAGACAUAGCAUAAAAUAAUGCGAACAGCAAAACAAAAAACACUGUUUAUACAACCAAUAGUAGCCUAACACCACUAUCACCAAUAGCGACAACAACAGUGUCACAUCAAAGGUGACAGGCUCAUGGUGCUGAAACUACAGCGAACGUAAUACCUGCGCACUCCAUGGCGCUGAAGGAGAGCCGGUUUUGGUCAAACACAUUGACACAGCUAUCAACAGUCACACACAGCAUCAAAUAAUAUUAAAGAAUAAGCUGCCCAUUCACCCCAGUAAGCCCCAUGAAAUCAUAACAAUACAAAAACACAACCAUUUCAUUUCCAAAAUGAAAUUAACAAACCAGCUAUUACUUCCCAUUGCAAAUAUAUUUGAUCACGUUCAUCACACUAACCCAGGGGUUCCCAAACUUUUUGGGCCCACGAAUUCAGAACAAUCUUUUGAAAGUUAUCGGAGCAGUGCAUUUUGGGAAAUGGUGUUCUACACUGCCUCCUGAAUCGAAUCAUUGUCUCUCAGGAGCAGAAUGGUGUUGAGACCAGGAAGAGCUUCCAGUCUUACCCACCAGAUGACCUGAUCAACAAACUAGCUAAUGAGCUGCCUGAGGGUGUCAACCCCACCCAGAAGGAGGUAGGUGUACUGAGCUGCUAUAAUGAAGUGACAAGUGUUCAAGGUACUGCCACGCCGAUACACUCAGAUGCUAUAUUGAUCAGUAGUUUUUUAAGUGUGAAAAGUAGAUUCCUCCAUAGACUACUGUGAGUUACGAUGUAUUACAAAUAGUUUUAAUAAAAGUGUCUUGACAAAUGUAUUCUUUACACUUGAAUGUUGCCUUGAAAAAUAACAAUGGUCUCCUCUCUCUCUCUCUCUCUCUCUCUCUCUCUCUCUCUCUCUCUCUCUCUCUCUCUCUCUCUCUCUCUCUCUCUCUCUCUCCUCUCUGUCUUCCAGAAACAUCUCUUAGACUCAGACUUCAAUGCCAUAUUUGGAAUGUCUAAAGACCACUUUGCCAGCCUGCCUCAAUGGAAGCAGCUGAGCGUUAAAAAAGGCAAAGGCUUAUUUUAA